AUGGGAAUCAAAUAUGUUAACCAAGAAGAAAUAGAAAUGGAGGGGCACGAAGCUGAAAAAUGGAUGUGGUUUGAGGUAAACAUAGUUCGUGUUUGCUGGAUAGAAGCUCCGAAUGAUCCGAUGCUGGAUGAAGUUGAUGCGGAGCUUCUUACUAUAAAUAACCAAGAUGAUGAUGCUCAAGGUGGUGAGGAUGGCGAAGACACGCAACCUGUGCAUGGUGGUGAGGAUGAAGAAGACAGUCCACAUGUGCAUGGUGCUGCACAGAACUCCAGCCGAAUUACUGUAGUUCAAUCUACUUAUGAAUGGAGCCGAUUUAGGGAUUCGUUAGCUGAAGCUAUGUUUCGUGAUUAUCAAAAUAGAUGUAUCCUGUUGUCUCAACACUAUUGCCUUGUUGCUAAUUUUGUUGUCCACCGAGUAAUACAAGCUCUCGAGAUGGCUCCUCAUUCACAAGCACCAUCCCCUUCCAAAGGGAAAGGAAAGGCAAACCCUAAACUUGCACCCUAUAGAAGGAAGAUUAUAGUUGAGAAUUGGGAAGAAAUUUGCACAAUCUUCUCACAAGACCGUGCUAAUGGGCAAGGUGGCCACACUCUUAGGGAGAUGAAUGCUGAAGAAACAGUAGGGGAAUCUGUUAAUUUGGGAGAUCCAUUUGAGACUUGCGAGGAAGAUGAGAUCAUGAGACUUAUGAUGGGAUAUCAAAAGAGAAAAGAAGCUGCAUCUUCUUCUACUUUUCAAGGUAUGAACAAGAAACCGAGUUCAUCAAAUAUAAUGUGUGGUUUCAUGAAGCAAAUUGCUGAAAACUUUGGUGAGUUUAUGGUGACUGAGAGACAAAUAUUGGUUGCUACAAAAAAAGCUACACCGGAAGAUAUACUUGAAGCAUUGAAGGUAGUCUCCUUAGACGAGAUGCAAACCUUCAAAGCCCUAGAUUUGAUGAUGGACAAUCAGAGAUUAUAUGACACGUUUGUUGGGUUGUCAACAGUUGAAAUGAAACAACGAUGGCUUAUGGUGCAGCUCCAUAAGGGUAAUUAA